CCCACGCAUACACUGUGAUUCACUCUGUCACUGGUUGCAGGAAUAAGUGUCAGAAAAUUACUCAAUCAUGAUUAUUUGGGCGUGUUCUGUAACAAUUAAUUGCUGCAAGUGUGUUUUUUGAAUUGUAAAAAUAAAGUACAAAGCCUUCGAGUAUAAUCUGACAACGUACAAUUAGUGUAACUCUGUGAAAAGAAUGAUAAUACACUCAACUGAAGGCAGCUUGGCUAUGCUGAAAAUACCAGUACAAAAUCGUUUUUAGACGUGCGUCGAGCUAUUCCUGUGUUUUAUUAAUAGCCGUUGCCCCUAUUCCUUAUAAUAAUUUGCCAAAAUGGAGGAUGUAUUUCAAUGGUGUCGAGAGGGAAAUGCGAUGCAAGUUCGGGUCUGGUUAGAUGACACUGAACACGACAUGAAUCAAGGAGAUGACCAUGGAUUUAGCCCUUUACACUGGUGCUGCAAAGAAGGUCAUACAAAAUUGGCAGAGUUGCUCGUUAGCAGAGGAGCACGCAUAAACGCAACGAACAGAGGAGAUGAUACACCAUUGCACCUAGCAUCAGCACAUGGUCACAAAGAUAUCGUGCAAAUGUUACUCAAAAAUCGAGCAGACGUAAAUGUAACAAACGAACAUGGAAAUACAGCAUUACAUUAUGCCUGCUUCUGGGGAGACCAAGCCGUUGCUGAAGAAUUGGUAGCUGCCGGAGCCUUGGUUUCGAUUGCCAAUAAAGAUGGCGACACUCCGCUGGAUAAAGCUAGAGGUCCAAUGGCCAAAAUAUUACAUGAUCUAGCGGUUGAGUUUGGACAGGAUUUAAAGAAAAUUCAAUUUAAGGACCAAAGCUGGCUCGGUCUAAAAACCAGAAGUCGUGAUGCAACUCUUUCGAGGCACAAGGGAAUCAACAUGUCAGAUUUGUCCCUCCAUACCGAAUUAGCAAACACUCCAAGUGGAGAAACCUGGCGUGGUCGCUGGCAGAAUAAUGACAUCGUCGUUAAGUUCCUAAACUUGCGUGAUUGCUCUGCAAGAAUAUCGAGAGACUUCAAUGACGAGUUUCCAAAAUUGAGAAUAUUUUCACAUCCCAAUAUUCUGCCAGUCCUUGCUUGUGUGAAUCAGCCUCCAAGAUUAGCAACAGUUUCUCAGUAUAUGCCACGAGGCAGCUUGCAUCGGCUUUUGCAUGGAGGAACUGGCGUUGUGGUUGACACAGCCAGGGCGCUACGAUUAGCUCUCGAUGUUGCUCGAGCCAUGGCUUUCCUUCAUGGUUUGGAAAGACAGAACAGAUGUCGAUAUUUUCUGAAUAGUAAACAUGUGAUGAUCGACGAGGAUUUAACAGCUCGUGUAAAUAUGGCCGAUUUUAAAUUUUCCUUCCAAGAAAUUGGCCGAAUUUACGAACCUGCUUGGAUGUCU